CAGGCCCAGGUUUGGCAAAGUCUACAAUAGGAAGCCCAAGUCCACUGGCAUUCUGUCAAAUGACAAGGCCUUCUAGAAUGUUAGGAUUCCUAAAUAACCACCUGAUGAGGUGUUAUUAUUAGUAUUGAUGAGUAGUACAGCUAGGGGGGGGACCACUAGGGAGUGAGAGGAAUAUAUGUUAGUUAUGGUGAGAGAAUGAGGUAGGCUUGUUUUUGGGCUUAGGAUUGGGAGAGAAGAGCACUCUCGAAUUGCUCUGUUUAUUUUCCUUUGUUUCUUGUAUUCUCUAACACAAUUUCUGGGUUUCAUACCAGAAAUUCAGUAUAAUCAAUACAAUUUCAGUUCCAGUUUCCUUCAUAUUUUCUGGUACCUAACAUUGGUAUCAGAGCUCCCGAUCCUGAGGGAGCUUUUAUGGUGGUUACGCGAGCUGCAAUGGAGUCCAGAGUUGAUGACCUUGAGCGAUCUGUUACCACGAUGAAGGAGAUGGCCACGGAGCAAUUUGAGGAGCUCCGGCGACUCAUCAUGAAUCGGGAACGGAGGCGCACGCGAGGAAGAUCGAACACACCCAGAAACCGGCGACCAUCGCGAGACAGAGAGCGAGAUCGCGACGCUUCGUCUUCGCACUCCGGGUCGCGAACCGGGUCACGAACCGGGUCGCGUACCUCAGACCACAGCAGGGAGCGAUUCGAUCACCCCCAUCGCGUCCAUUUGCGUGCUGUGACUGGAAGAAGGGUCGACAUCCCCAUGUUUGAUGGAAGCGAUGCUUAUGGGUGGAUUAAUCGUGUUGAACGGUUCUUCCAACUCAGUCGUGUAGGGGAGGAGGAGAGGUUGGAGAUGGUGAUGAUUGCCAUGGAAGGGAAAGCACUGGGAUGGUUUCAAUGGUGGGAAGAGCAAGCUGUGGAGAGAACCUGGGAACCUUUCAAGCAAGCCUUGAUAAGGAGAUUUCAACCCACCUUGGUUCAGAACCCUUUUGGCCCUUUGCUUAGCAUUAAGCAAAAAGGGAGUGUCAUGGCCUACAGGGAAAGCUUUGAAGAGGCAGCAGCACCCAUGAGAGGUGCUGAUAGGGAGAUCCUGAAAGGAGUGUUCCUUAAUGGAUUGCAGGAGGAAAUCAAAGCUGAAAUGAAAUUGUACCCUGCUGCUGAUCUUGCAGGAUUGAUGGAUAGGGCCUUGUUGAUUGAGGAAAAAAAUUCUGCUCUCAGAGGAGAAAAAGGAAAGGAUGAGGACAAACGUGGGUGGAAGGAUAAGGGUGGGUUUGGAAGCAAAUCUUCAAGUUAUGGGGGAAAGCACAUAAGUUAUAAUUCCAGUCAUCAGGGGAAGAACAAUACUGGACAGGAAACCAAACCAAAAGAGACCCAGGACGAUGGAGGGAAUGAAACUAAGAACCCUGAGAAGAAGUGGCAAGGGGGACAAAGACUCUCUCAAAAUGAGUUGCAAGAGAGAAGUAGAAGAGGAUUGUGUUUUAAAUGUGGUGAGAAGUGGGGAAGAGAACAUGUGUGUGCUAAGAAACAUUUCCAAUUCAUUCUCAUUGAGGGAGAUGAAGAGGAAGAAGAGGAAGACAUAUUUGAAGAAGCUGAAGAUGGUGAGUUUGUUUUGGAGGGCAAAAUACUGCAAUUGUCUCUUAAUAGUAAAGAGGGCUUAACAUCUAACAGGUCUUUCAAAGUUAGAGGAAGACUUGGAACAAGGGAAAUCUGGAUUCUGGUAGAUUGUGGAGCAACCAGCAAUUUUAUCUCCCAAAAUAUUGUGAAUGAACUAGACUUGGCUGUUGUAGCAACCACUGAAUAUGUGGUGGAAGUUGGAAAUGGGGCCAGAGAGAGAAAUUCAGGAGUGUGCAAGAAUUUGUCACUGGUAGUGCAAGGAAUCCCUAUCACUCAACAUUUCUUUAUCCUUGGGCUUGGGGGCACUGAUUUAGUCUUGGGAAUGGAUUGGUUAGCCAGCCUUGGGGACAUUGAGGCCAACUUCAAAGAACUUAUUAUUAAGUGGAACCUUCAGGGCAAGCAGUUUGUGUUACAUGGAGAACCGCAGGGUAAUAAAAUUCAGGAAGCUUGCAAAAACAUAAAGAGCACAAGGAAGAACAAAGACCUGGAUUUCUGCCUUUCUCAUGAGUUUGUAGAAGGUAUCAACAUAGCAGUAGCUGAGGUCCCUGCUGAAUUGAGAACCGUUAUUGAAAAAUUCCCUGUGGUGUUUCAAGAACCUCAUGGGCUGCCUCCUAAGAGGCCUACUGAUCAUGCUAUUAUGCUGCAGCAAGGAGCAGCAGCACCAAACAUAAGGCCCUAUAGGUAUCCAUUCUACCAGAAAAAUGAGAUAGAAACUCAAGUGCAGGACAUGCUCAAGAAUGGGAUUAUAAGGCCCAGCAUUAGUCCAUUCAGUAGCCCUGCAAUUCUAGUGAAGAAAAAAGAUGGAGGGUGGCGUUUCUGUGUUGACUAUAGAGCCUUGAACAAGGUUACUAUACCAGAUAAGUUCCCUAUACCUAUAAUCGAUGAAUUAUUAGAUGAGAUAGGUUCUGCUGUUAUCUUUUCUAAAUUGGACUUAAAAUCUGGUUAUCAUCAAAUAAGGAUGAAAGAGGAGGAUAUUCAUAAAACAGCUUUUAGAACUCAUGAAGGACAUUAUGAAUAUCUAGUAAUGCCUUUUGGGUUAUCUAAUGCUCCUUCAACCUUUCAGGCCCUCAUGAAUCAGGUUUUGAAACCUCAUUUAAGGAAGUUUGUUUUGGUUUUUUUUGAUGAUAUACUAAUCUAUAGCAAGAGUUUAGAAUUGCACAUGGAACAUGAUAGGAACCUUAUCUCUAGUAAGAGCAAGGAUUACUCUAAGGUUUACAAGCGUAGGGGUAAAGUGGGGAUAAACAUUAGUCCCACUACCUUAGGAGAGUAGGGUAACUAAUUGUGA